AUGACGCCGACGACCGACGACAUCCCCGAGGAUGCCGAUGAAGAAACACGCCUCAAGUUCCUGACCGUCGGCCAACGAGAUCAAGAUGACUUGGAGCGAGAUAUCGGCCGUCAAGCAGACCAGCUGCUCACGGAGCAAGCCGAUGAGCGGGACAAGAAGCGCAUGGCGAAGGCAGAGGCGGAGAUCAAACGAUGCGAGGUUGCGCUGAGCAAGCUACGCGCUCGGCUCGCUCUGCCGGUUGUGGAGUCUCGCAAACUCCAGUUACGUGCCGAGGUUGCAGAGUAUCAGAAGAAGAUAGAGGACUUGGAGAAGGAUAUGGAUGCGAUACAGGCUCGCAUCAAUGAUAGACAUAAGAUACCCGGUGAAGAGGAAGAGGAGGCAACGAAUGGGGCUAAUAAACCUCUGCCAAAUGAGAGUCGACGAGAUUUCCUCAUCCGGACGGGAAAGAUCACGCCGUUUUCGAAGAUUGCUCAGAUGCAUACGGGUACAUCGGCGCUUGGAGAGGUGAUGUUGGAUGCAGAAUUGGAGAAUAUGGUAGAAGAGGCUUCGAAGGGUCCGACUUCGCACCAGAACCUUAUGAAGCCGGGGUUUCAGCAUAUAGUCACGGACUCUGAAGCAGAGAGUCCUCGACCAGCGAAGCGGAGGCGCCCUCGAGAGGACGACGCAUCAGUGGCUACUGAGUUAGAUGAAUCUGCCCGAACAAGCAGUGCACGGGAAACUCCUGAAAGUGAUGAUGAAUUUAUGCCUGAUCUCGACGAUAGACAGCUUGCGGCUUUAGGUGAAUCAGAUGAUUUCUCCGCCGAAGAUGAGGACGAGGAGUAUGCUGAGCGCAAACGCAAAGCCACAAAGAGAAAGGCAACAAAGGCUCGGGUAGCUGAACCGGUCCAGGAGAAAGAGGACUUCGCUGGGGUUGACGAUGGCAACGAGAAGCUCUACAAGAGACGCUUAAGAUCAUGGAUGAAAAACCGCGCAGAAGCAAGAAGGAGAGCUCAGGAGAAGCAGGGCGGUCAGGUUGACACCACUGAUGAAGGAGAGGAUGAAUGCUAUCUUCCUCAUCCCACCUAUCCCGAUGCAGAACUGGGAGAAGGCUUCCGUAUCCCUGGCGAUAUUUACCCUGCUUUAUUUGACUACCAGAAGACUGGUGUGCAAUGGCUAUACGAGCUCUACACGCAGAACGUUGGGGGCAUCGUGGGGGAUGAGAUGGGUUUGGGUAAAACCAUCCAGGCAAUCGCAUACAUUGCAGGCUUGCAUUACUCAAAGAAGCUCACCAAACCGGUCAUUGUGGUUUGCCCGGCCACUGUCAUGAAACAGUGGGUCAACGAGUUCCAUCGAUGGUGGCCACCACUGCGUGUUUCGAUCUUGCACACCUCUGGCAGUGGGAUGCUUGAUACCGGUCGUGAAGAGCGCAUGGAACGGGAAAUGGAGAUGACCAAUUUCGGGGAUUAUGACGGUACUCUUACCGCCGCUGGAAAAGCUGCAAAGAAGAUUGUCAACACGGUCAAGCGGGAUGGUCAUGUGUUGGUGACUACUUACUCGGGUCUUCAAACAUACGCUGAAUUCCUCAUUCCGAUAGACUGGGAGACGGCUAUUCUGGACGAGGGCCACAAGAUCCGCAACCCUAAUACAUCGAUUACGAUCCGUUGCAAGGAACUUCGUACGCCGAAUCGCAUCAUCCUGUCAGGGACGCCAAUGCAGAACAACUUGACUGAGCUAUGGUCACUGUUCGACUUUGUCUUUCCGAUGCGUCUCGGCACUCUAGUCAACUUCCGCAAUCAAUUCGAGUUCCCCAUCAAGCGCGGCGGUUAUGCGAAUGCAUCUAACUUGGAAUUCGAAACGGCAAUGCAAUGUGCUGAGACGCUCAAAGAUGCAGUCAGCCCGUAUCUCCUCCAGCGAUUCAAAGUCGAUGUGGCAGCAGAUCUUCCAACGAAGAAGGAGCAAGUGCUCUUCUGCAAACUGACCCGUCAACAACGGGAAGCAUACCAAGCGUUCCUGAACUCGGAUGAGAUGAGGUCCAUUGCGCAAGGAAAGCGACAAAUGCUGUACGGUAUUGACUACUUGCGGAAGAUCUGCAAUCACCCAGACCUAGUGGAGCAUAAGACGAAGUCGAAGACGCCAGGCUAUGGUGCCGCGAACAAAUCGGGCAAGAUGCAAGUGGUGAAGGAGUUGUUAUCACUGUGGACGAAAGGAGGGCAUAAGACGUUACUCUUUGCUCAACACCGCAUCAUGCUCGACAUUUUGGAGAAGUUUAUCCGGAACUUACCUGGGAUCAACUACAGACGCAUGGAUGGCGAGACGCCAAUCAAGAGUCGCCAGGAUAUGGUGGAUGAGUUCAACAACAGUCCAGAUCUGCACGUCUUCCUGCUCACCACAAAGGUAGGCGGACUGGGUGUGAAUUUGACUGGAGCGGACCGCGUCAUCAUUUAUGAUCCCGACUGGAACCCUUCUACCGACAUACAGGCUCGUGAGCGGUCCUGGCGUCUUGGUCAGAAACGUGAAGUCGAGAUCUACCGAUUGAUGUCGGCUGGAACUAUCGAGGAAAAGAUUUAUCAUCGACAGAUUUUCAAGCAGUUCCUCACAAACAAGGUCCUGAAGGAUCCGAAGCAGAGGCAGACAUUCCAAAUGAGCGAUCUGCACGAUCUGUUCACGCUUGGUACGGAGGACGCAAAUGGCGAGACGGAAACUGGGAAUCUGUUCCGCGGGUCUGAAGUCAAGUUUGACGCGAAGCAGGACAGGCGGCAAUCCUCCCACGGCAGCAAGCCUGCAGAACCACAGGAAAGCGCUACAGCACCAGAAGAUCUGGCAGCGCUAUCAGGCAUUCACCAUACAGAGCAAUACCGCACUUCGUCCUCGGACGAAGACCCCGCACCCAAAGCAGGGGAAGCUUCAAACGGCGAGAAAGCUGACGAUAGCAAAUCCGACUCGCGGCUCCUGUCCACCAUCUUCGCCAAAUCCGGCGUCCAUUCCGUCCUGGAGCACGACGCCAUCGUCAACUCGACCGCCAGCGGGCGCAAACGAAAAGUCCAAGCGGACCCAGCGUUCAUCCAGCGCGAGGCCAAGCGCGCAGCAGCGGCGGCGGCGGAACAGCUAAGACGUGCGGAGCAGGAGGCUAGGAGGAUGCCGGCCGGUGUCCCUACAUGGACGGGCAUGUACGGUGAAGGGGGAAGGCCCGAGGAACGGACUCCCAGAGGGUUGUCGUCCUCUAGAGGUGGUCUAGCAGGCCGUGGUGGCCCCAGAGGCGGCGGCGGUGGACCAUCGUCUGCAUCCAUCCUGUCCAACCUCGCGGCCCGUCAAGGCCGACCUGACCCGCACGCUCGCUCUGCCACACCGACCUCGUCUCGCUCCGGCACAUCGACGCCCACGGGCACAGGCACGGGAUUCCGCGGGCGCCAGAUGCUCGAGAAGUUGCGCGACUUUAUGAUUACGCACGGGGGCACGGUGCCGACGCAGAUGCUCGUCGAUCACUUUGAUCGGUAUUGUCGGCAGGUUCCUGGCAGGAGCGAGGAGUUUAAGGAGAUGCUGAAGUUGAUUGCGAGGUUGGAGCGGGGGUCUGCUGGAAGGGGGAGGUGGGUGCUUAAGGAGGAGUGGAGGAGGAGGGUUUAG